AGCACGAGACGUGACGUCGCCCAGGUGACAGGUGUCCCUCCGCCGAGCAGAAGAGGUGAUUUAAAAGCGCUUUAAUGUUGUCAACGAACCUUUUACUAAAUGAAAUACAGACGUCAUCCGACUUUUUCUGGGUCAUUUAUGUUUUCAUGUGAGAGUCCAAACGAACCGCGGGACCGAACCGGACCGAACCUCCGGCAGAGUUAAAUCUUUAUUUUUAAACUAUUCCGACUUGAAGCUGACAUGGAGGCUGCAGAGGGUCAGCGGGGGCGAGACGGAGGCGGCCAGAGACGAUCCCCCCUGGACGUCAUCAUGAGUCAGAUCCGCAGGAAGCGCUCGGCAUCAGACAGGAAGCCACUGGGCCGCUUCCUGUCGCGAACCUCAGAGCGGACGGCGAUCCCUGAGGACGCAGAGCCCGAGAACAGAGGACAGAGUCCAGGCGCUGCGGCGCCGGUGGAGAGCCAGCGUGAUGCCGGCUGGGGAAGAGUCCGUGUUUUCCUGCAGAGGUUGGGGAAGAAAGCGGACAGCAGGAGUCUGAGUCUGGCUCACUGCGACCUGACGGCUACAGACCUGCUGGAGCUCGCAUCGCUGCUCCAGUUCCUCCCUCAGCUGGAGGAGAUGGAUGUCUCUUGGAACGAGCUGAUUGGUGGCGGUCUGACCACGUUGACCUCUCACCUCCAACAUGUGGGUGGGAUCAGGACGCUGAAGCUCUGCAGCUGCAGGCUGGACGCGGACGAUGUCGCCGCUCUGGGCGAAGCCCUCCCCUCUGUUCCCGUCUUGGAGAUCCUCGAUCUGUCCUGGAACAGCAGCGUUGGCGGCACUUUGCAAAGCCUGCUGGGUAAACUUCAGCCAUCAGUGAGGGAGCUCCACCUGGUGGCCUGUCAGCUCACUGCGGCGGACGCUGCUGCUCUGGGAGGCCUGGUGGCCGUUCUGCCUAAACUCUGUGUGUUGGACGUUUCCUGUAACCCUCGGCUCACACAGGAAGUGGACGCUGGCGGCUUCGGGCAGCUGGCCGCCUCCCUGUCCCACGCCGUCUCCCUGAUCGUGCUGCGGCUGCAGGCCUGCGGGCUGAAACCUGACGACCUCGAGGCUCUUGGUGCUUCCCUGCGCUGCCUGCCCUCGGUGCGCCAGCUGGACCUGUCCUGCAACAGAAGUGUAGCUGGAGGCCUGAGCGGACUCGCCUCUCACCUGGCUCACAUGGCUCACCUGGAGAGCCUGGACCUCCACCUGUGCCGCCUCAGACGCGCCGACCUGGAGGCUCUGAUCCAGGUGCUGCCUUCUUUGACGGCGCUGACGGCGCUCGACGUUUCGUCCAAUAAGGAGGCGGGAGGCGCGGUUCACCAGCUGGUGUCGGUACUGCCGCUGACUCAGAUGAGGAGGCUGCCGAUGAGCAGCUGCAGGCUGACGGAGGAGUCCUUCACCGCCCUGGCCCUGGUGGCGCCGUACCUGCGCAGCCUGGAUGUUUCCUGGUGUAAGGUGGUGGGCGGUCGCCUGCCGCUGCUGAUGGACGCUCUGCAGCCGUCCGUGGUCCUGGAGCUCCGCCUCAGCAGCUGCGGCCUCACCACCGACGACCUGCGUCACCUAGCUGACGUGUGCAGACGCGGCUCCCUGUCCUCCCUCCGGGUCCUGGACUUGUCCUACAACGGUUCGGUCGGGGACGCCGCCUGGGCGGCGCUGUUCGCGGCGGGCGGCCUGGGCUCGCUGGAGGAGGCCGACCUCAGCCUCCGACCUUUGACCUCGGCUCCCUGCUCGGCCUGGCUGCCCGCGCUGCUCGGGGCUCUGCCUCGGAUGCCGGCGCUGGCCCGGCUGGCCAUGCAGCGCUGGAGCGCCGGGCCGCAGGAGGAGCAGCAGCUGCGCUUCAGCGUGAAGAACCGGAACAUCCGGCUGGACUGGGACCCGGACGGGUCGGACUGGAAGACCAGCAGCCAGGAGGAGAGUCAGGCUGAGGAGUAGGGAGGAGGUCAAAGGUCACUUGGAUUUCAACAGAUCAGAAACAAACAAGGACAUUUCUCUCUUACCUGAUUCCUGAAGUCCAAACGUUUCAGCUUCUGACUGUUGGAGGCUUAAAAUCAACAAUUAUUCUCACAUGUUGCACAAGAAAAUAAAUUCACAAUUAUUUAA